GGAGGGGAGAAGGACAUAUAGCCGCCGGCGUCGCGACGCCCGCCCCCAGGAGCCGCCGCAGCUCGCCAUGAGAGCCUCGUGCCUGCCGACCCUGCCGUCCCUGCUGCUCGGCGCGCUGCUGCCGCUCCUGGCCGGUGGAGAGAUUAUGCAUCCCAACAACAAUGUGGCAAGCAGUCGUAUUAAAAGAAGCGUCAAUGUUGAAAAAGACCCUGCGUACUGGAACAACAAGGCCCAGGAGACCGUGAAGCAACACCUGUUCGCCGAGAGAAUCGAGGGUCGAGCCAAGAACGUGAUCCUGUUCCUGGGAGACGGCAUGUCCAUCCCGACCCUGACGGCCACCAGGCUGUACAUCGGCCAGAAGAGGGGGCUCUCAGGGGAGGGCCAGGAGUUGUCGUUCGAGCAGUUCCCUUACACCGGCCUGUCCAAGACGUACUGCGUGGACUCGCCGGUGGCGGACUCUGCCUGCUCGGCCACGGCCUACCUGUGCGGCGUGAAGGCCAACUACGGCACGCUGGGCGUGAGCGCUCGGGUCGCCAGGAAGGACUGUCGCGCGCAGAGGAACUCAUCCACCCACGUGACAUCCGUGUUCCAGUGGGCGCAGGACGCGGGCAAGGCGACGGGCCUGGUGACCACCACGAGGGUCACGCACGCCUCCCCCGCCGGCGCCUACGCCCACACCGCCAACCGGGACUGGGAGAGCGACGCCGAGGUGGCGCGCGACGGCGUCGACCCGGCCCGCUGUCCCGACAUCGCCCAGCAGCUGGUGCGCUCUUCGCCGGGCCAUAACUUCGAGGUGGUGCUGGGCGGCGGCAGGCGGUGCUUCAGGCCGAGGUCGACGGUGGACGAGGAGGGCAGGCGCGGGUCGCGGCUGGACGGGGCGGACCUGGUGGCCGAGUGGCAGGACGACAAGGACCUGCGAGGCGCCUCCAGCCACUACGCGUGGGACCGGCGCGGCCUGCUGGACGUAGACGUGGCCGCCACCGACUACCUGCUGGGACUGUUCGAGGCUGAUCACAUGGCCUACCACCUCGAUGCCGACAGCAGGUCGGAGCCGACCCUGCCCGAGAUGACAGCAGUGGCCAUCGCCAUGUUGCGGAAGAACCCGGAAGGUUUCUUCCUGUUCGUGGAAGGAGGACGGAUAGACCACGGCCACCACGAGAACCGGGCGCACAAGGCGCUGGACGAGGCAGAGCAGCUGCACGAGGCGGUCCGGCUGGCGGUGGAGCUCACCAACAGCUCCGACACCCUGGUCGUGGUCACCUCGGACCACGCGCACGUCAUGACGUACAGCGGCUACCCCGCCCGCGGCGGCCCGGUACUCGGUGUUGCCGGUUAUUCAGAUGUCGACACAUUACCGUACUCUACGCUGAGCUACGCAAAUGGACCCGGGUACAAACAGCCGCAGAAGAACGGUACCAGAUAUGACAUUUCUUCAGACAAAUUAGGUGACAAGGACUACGAGUUCCCGGCCAUGGUGCCGCUGCGUAGCGAGACCCAUGGCGGCGAUGACGUGGCGGUGUUCGCUCGCGGGCCCUGGGCUCACCUGUUCUCGGGCGUGUACGAGCAAAGUGUCAUCCCUCACCUGCUGGGCUUCGCUGCGUGCGUGGGUCCCGGCAUCACCGCCUGCAGCGAGACAGACACACUGCCUUGGACUGCGCCUGAGCAGUUCUUGUAGCACCACCUCGUUGCAAGCCUGUGUACCUUCACACGCUCUUGUUUUCCACGCUGUGUUGUUUCCUACAGCAACACUAGAAAUAAUUGGGUGAUGUUUGGGCUUUGAAUCAAAACCAUUCUUUUCUGAAUUAUUGAUUUUAAUAACCAGUCGUUGCAUACAUACCUUACAAAGUUUGUUGUUGUCAGUGAAUCCAUCAUGGAUCAACAUUCUAUACCUAAUUUGAUACUUGACUAGUUAACGAAUGUAUUAGAUAUCAGAGAUAACCAAGUUAAAGUAUUGUGUGUGUUCAUUAAGGAGCUUGGAAUUUUUGUUUCCCAAUGAAUUAAUAUUAUAUUUUUUAAAACAUCUUUAUAAUUCCAGUCUAGAAAAUGUAUAACUGUUGGAAAUACUCAUUGAAAUAUUAAGAUUUUAAAUCAAAAUUUUUUUAGUACUUAAUAGUACUAAAUAUUAUAUAGUAAAUACUAUACUAAAUAGUAUUAAACUAGUAAAAAUAGUAUUAAAUAUUAUACUAAAUAGUGUUAUUAUUGUGUCUUUUUCAGUCAGUUAAACUUGUUUUCAAAUGAAAAUUUUACUUACAUCAUGCAGCAAUUAAGUUAUGUGGAAUAAAAUAAUAUAUAAGCCCUAAUUAAACAGGAAAAUAUUACCAAUAUUUUACUUUAUUUAAUAUUAACUUUAAUUGAAUGAUGAAUCAUUUAUAUUUCACUUGCUCACACCAGUGCUUAAAGUUAUCAAAUGCAAUAAGGCUUCAUUAGAUUAUAUCCAUUAAAGUAUAAUUUAUUAUGCAUUAUGAAACUUUUAAGUAAUUAAUAGUACCUAUAUUUUAAACUCUAUUCAUAACCAUUCAUAAAAUUUAUGCAAUAAGAAAUGCUAUUGUUCAGUCGUGUGAAAAAAUUAAUUUUGGUAUCCCUUUACUUAACGAUGAUGUUAUAGAUAUCUGUACAAGCGAAACAAAACAUAAUCUAUUUCUCGUAGAUUGUUUGGGUAUAAGUAAACUAAAAAUUAUGCAAACAAAUUAAGUGCUUCUCGUAUUCGCAAUUACAAUAGUUUCUUUGGAAAUGUAGUCGCAUCAUUGAAAUAAAGAGAAGUCUGUUUCGGUCAAUAUCUCAGUUAAUGAGAGCGAGACACUACAUGUGAAUAUUGGAUGCUUAUUCUUCCCUUGUCUCUCGAUACACAGAUAUAUUUUAUGUUUUUUUUUUAAAUUCUUAAUUAGAAAUCUGGUUGUAAAAUAUUUUUUCUUGAAUUUGUUGUGUCUCUAGGAAAAAAGACGAGGCAGUUGAGAAAAUAUUCCAAUGGCAAUUUAUGUUUUGAUUUUAUGGUUGUAAAUUUUAAUAGUGUUGAUAGUCAAGCUAUUUGCUUGCGACAGUUAGUGAACUGAUGACAUGAUACUUAGUAAUUUUUACACAUAGAUACUAUAGCAUUUUUCGUGUGAUAUGUACAGAUAGAAUAUACCAAUGUGUUUUCGUGCAUAUAUGUGUAUACUUGUUAGUUAAAUAAGGUAAUAAAUUGACUUUUAAAA